UUUGGAAUUGGAACUUGGGAAUCCGUGCAUGUGAUAAGCGAUGAGGUGUAAGGUUUGUAAUACACAUUUAAGUUUGCGCGGAAUAACAGUUAAUGUGUAGUGGAGUCAUGUGUAAACAGUAUAUAGUUAUCUUGCAGCUUUAAACGUUAUUGUUCAAAUGGCCGAAGAGUCAAUAAAGUUAGAUUUGAAGGAAGUGAAAUUGGAUCUUCAGAAAGCAAUUGUAGAAUGUUCUCAGCGAGGUUUGUUGCACAGUACAAAGUGGUUGUCAGAACUGAAUUUUGCAUUACAGGAGGUUAAGUUAGAAUCUUCCAAUGCUUUUACACAACUUGACAAUGAUGAUGAAACAGAACAUUAUUUGUUGGCCAAAAGCUACUUUGAUCUGAAAGAAUAUGACAGGUGUGCCCACUUCACUGAAUUUUGCCAAGUACCCCGUACACGCUUCCUCCAUUUGUACUCGCGCUAUCUGUCUGGUGAGAAAAAGAAGAUAGAGGAUAUGACAGACAUUACAACACCACCUGAUCCUACUCAGAAUGCAAGUCUUCGUGAACUAGGAUCUGAAUUAAUGAGGGAUCAUUUAGCCAGGAAACUAGAUGGCUAUGCACUUUAUUUAUAUGGUGUUGUACUCAAAAGACUAGAAUUGCUUGGAGAAGCUGCAGAAGUUCUUGUUGAGGCUGCACAUAAAGAACCAAUGCAUUGGGGGUCUUGGCUUGAAUUGGCAACUUUGAUCACUGAUCGAACUAAGCUCAAUUCACUUGUAUUACCAGACCACUGGAUGAAACACUUUUUCCUUGGCCACGCAUUCCUAGAACAGCAGCUGAAUGAUGAUGCUCUGGAUAUUUAUUUUGCCCUUCAGCAACAAGGUUUUGAGAAGAGUACUUACCUCAUAGCUCAAACUGCUAUUGCUUUCCAUAAUAGAAGAGAUGUAGAUACAGCUAUAACCACAUUCCGUCGACUACAAAAAUGUGACCCAUUCCGUUUGGAUAAUUUGGAUACAUACUCAAAUCUCCUGUAUGUGAGAGAGCUGAGAGUGGAAUUAGCACGUCUCGCACAUGAAGCAUGUGAGAUAGACAAAUACCGUGUUGAGACAUGUUGUGUUGUGGGCAACUACUACAGCUUGAGAUCAGAACACCAGAAGGCUGUGUUAUAUUUCCAGAGAGCGCUUAAAUUAAACCCUCAGUAUUUGUCAGCUUGGACUCUUAUGGGUCAUGAAUUUAUGGAAAUGAAGAACACUAAUGCAGCAAUACAGAGCUACAGGCAAGCCAUAGAGGUGAACAGAAGAGACUACCGAGCAUGGUAUGGACUUGGCCAAACAUAUGAGAUCCUCAAGAUGUUCUUCUACUGCUUGUAUUACUAUAAACAAGCUCAGCAGUUGCGGCCGAAUGAUAGUCGCAUGCUCAUUGCACUUGGAGAAACAUAUGAGAAACUGGAUAAGAUACAGGAUGCCCUGAAAUGCUACUACAAGGCUCGUAGUGUUGGUGAUAUUGAAGGAACGGCACUUCUUAGACUUGCAAAAUUGUAUGAUAAGCUGAAUGAGUUCAGUCAUGCAGCAGCUGCAUUUACAGAAUAUGUGACAAAUAAUGAGCCCCAUGCAGACAAAAAUGAAAUAAGUCAAGCAUACAAAUAUUUGGCUAACUUCUUUGUCAAGAGAAAUCAAGUAGAUGAAGCCUAUCAGUAUGCACAGAAAUGUCUAGAGUUUGAGGAGACAAAGGAAGAAGGAAAAGCAUUACUGAAGGCUAUUGCACAAAAGAGGAGUCAACAGGAAGAAGGCGAGAUGCAAGUAGAAGAUUCUGUAUCUGUCAUCAGAGUGAGACCUAGAUUAGCUGAGGGAACUCCCAACAAUCAGUUCACUCCGAUGAAUCUCAGCUUCACUACCUGAAAAGCGAAUGCUUGAACAAGAGUGUUAUUCUGUUAAAAAUAUUUGCCCUUAACAGAUGUUGAAAUUGGAAAAUGCAAAGAGAAUAUGAUCAGUGGUAUUGAAACAUAAAGGUAUAUAUAAAUGAGUAUGGACCAUACUACUUGAGAACAUUCAGUUUGUGAAUCUGUUGUGGUAUGUGUGGAUAUGUGUCUGUGUGUGCAUAUUUGUCUUGUUUCAUGAAUACUGACAUUUAUUUCAAUGCAUAAUAUUUAAGGGAUAACUAAUUUAAUAAAUUCUUGAGUUCAAUUUAAUUAUCUCACUGAUGUAUCAAGAAAUUCUGUAUAGUAGCUGAAGACUGAUAAAUUGUCAUAACAACAAAAUCUGUCAUCAAUUUUAAUCAGCACAGUCACUAUCAUGCAUAACUAAUACUGAAAUAUGUGCUGCUCUAGCAUCAAGUUAACAGAAAUUUAUUCAUUGUGUUGACAAAUUAUGUAGCAGUCGACCUUACAACCAAUUAAAAAUAAAAUUUACUAAAAGGCA